CGUAGUCGCAUCUGUUAAUUAACGUCAUUUCUUGUUUAAUAGCAACUUUCUCUCUCUUCUCUCUUAAGAUCUGAGGUGUCUUCAAUCUAAUAUAUAUAUAUAUUUAUAUACAUAUAAAUGUAUAUAUACACACAUAUAUAAAUGUAUCUGUUGUGUGUGUAUAUAGUAAGGUAGAGAGAGAUAUAAAGGAAGAUUUAUAUUUCACUAAUUAGAUAUUUUUAUUCCCAUAUAUUUCACCCAAACACAGAAGAUGAUUACCUUAUCAAAGAAACUUCGUCAACAGCAGGAUGGUUCCAAACAAGAGAUUAUGAUACAUAAAAGAAUUUCAAUUCGGGACAAAUUAUUGGUGAAAGAAGUCCCAGAGAUGGAAGAAAACCUGCCCAAAACCUGUAAUAUUACAUUUGAAGAUUCUAAUGUCCUCCACAUGUUUGAUCUGUCCAUACAUCCAGAUGAAGGUUAUUGGCAUGGCGGUACUUUCCAUUUCCAUAUUGAAGUCCCAGAUGAAUACAACAUAGUUCCUCCCAAAGUGCGCUGUGAAACUCGUAUAUGGCACCCAAACAUUGACGAAGACGGGGAGGUGUGCUUGAGUUUAUUGCGUCAAAAUUCAUAUGAUAUGAUGGGUUGGGCCCCUACCAGACGCCUGAAGGAUGUUAUUUGGGGACUAAAUUCCUUAUUUUCAUUUCAGGAUCUUCUGAACUUUGAUGACCCUCUAAAUGUGGAAGCUGCAGAAAAUUACGCCAGAGAUAAGGACUCCUUCAAAUGUAAAGUACAGAGCUAUAUUGAACAAUAUGCCACCAAACGGUAGCGGACAAGGAAUCUAGCAGUGCUGGGAUGUGUGCUUACAUACAUACAUAUACAUAUGUCUGUGUAUAUGUAUAUACAUGUAUAUCAAAUCGUCUAUUGACUAAACUGCAACAGUU